ACCUUGGAUUUGCUGUGGUGACCCCAAGUACAAAACAAGGGAGCAGCCAAAGGGACUUACUUACAGCAGUCAGUACACUCUGAAGUGUUUUGUGGUACUUGUGUCUACUGUACACACACACAUCAUGCUAAAAUAAAAAUCAGCCCCUUGACAGAAAACCUUCUCAGUAUGUCCUUUUGAUAACAUCAAACUACAACUUGGCGCACUCUGCUUGCAGUAAUAAUAGUGUCACUCUGAUUGGUUUAAUUCAUCGUAUGACAACACGAGCACAACACACCCAUGAACAAUGUGAACUGUAAUCCAGCUCCUUCAUUCAGAUCACCCUGGUUUGCUGAGAUUCAUGUGCACCCACUGUCAUGAUAGGGCAAUGGAAUUAUUUUGUUCACACACAAAUGGGCACAUAGAACCAAAAACAAUUCCCUACAUACAGUACUGCCUGUGACUGUAAUUACAACAACACUACAUAUGUGGGGGUGAAUAUUGUUUAGGAUGAGUUUUGAUUGUUGCGAGUGUUGUUUUGGGUGAAUAAUGUUUGGGCGCAGUGUUGUUUGGGGUGAAUAUUGUCGAAGUUGAGGCCAAGCAUUGCUUGGUGUGAUUAUUACUUAGGGUGAGUAUUGUUUGUGGUGAAUGUUGUUUCCAGUGAGUAUUUUUGGGAUGAAUAUUAUAUGGGUUGAUUACAGUUUGCGGUGAGGUUGAGCAUUGUUUGGAGUAUUAUUAUUGUUUGAGAUAUUUUGGGGUGAGUAUUGUUGGAGAUGUGUAAUGCUUAGGGUGAAUACUGUCUGGGUUGAGUAUUGUUAGGGGCGAAUAUUGUUUGGGGUGAAUACUGUUUGAAAGGAGUAGUGUUGUGAUUAUUGUUCUGUGUUGCCCAGGAUGAGUAUUGUUUGGGUUGAUUAACAUUUGGGGUAAGCAUUGAUUGGAAUGAGUAUUCUUGUGGCUAUCAUUCUGUGUGAGUAUUGUCUGGGAUGAGUAUUGUUUAGGGUGGUUAUCAUUUGGAGUGAGUAUUGUUUUGAAUGAGUAUUGUUUAGGGUGAAUAUUGUUUAGAAUGAGUAUUGUAAAUAUUGUUCUGUGUUGCCCAGAAUGAAUACUGUUUGGGGUGAAUAUCAUUUGGGGUGAGCAUUGAUUGGAAUGAGUAUUCUUGUGAUUAUCGUUCUGUGUGAGUAUUGUCUGGGAUGAGUAUUGUUUAGGAUGAUUAUCAUUUGAAGUGAGAAUUGUUGUGAUUAUUAUGCUGUGUGAGCAUUGUCUGGGAUGAGUUUUGUUUAGGGCGAAUAUUGUUUGGAAUGAGAAUUGUGAUUAUUGUUCUAUGUGAGUAUUGUCUGGGAUGAGGAUUGUUAAGGAUGAAUAUUGUUUGGAAUGAGUAUUGUUGUGAUUAUUGUUCUGUUUGAGCACUGUCUGGGAUGAGUUUUGUUUAGGGUGAAUAUUGUUUGGAAUUAUUAUUAUUGUGAUUCUUGUUCCGUGUCAGUAUCGUCUGGGAUGAGUUUUGUUUAGGGUGAAUAUUGUUAGGAAUGAGUAUUAUUGUGGUUAUUGUUCUGUGUCAAUAUUGUUUUGGGUAAAUAUUCUUUGGAAUGAGUAUUGUUGUGGUUAUUGUUCUGUGUCAGUAUUGUCUGGGAUGAGUACUGUUUAGAGUGAAUAUUCUUUGGAAUGAGUAUUGUUGUGGUUAUUGCUUUGUGUCAGUAUUGUCAGGAAUCAAUUUUGUUUACAGUGAAUAUGCUUUGGAAUGAGUAUUGUUGUGAUUAUUGUUCUGUGUGAGUAUAGUCUGGGAUGAGGAUUGUUAAGGGUGAAUAUUGUUUGGAAUGAGUAUUGUGAUUAUUUUUCUCUGUGAGUAAUGCCUGGGAUGAGUAUUGUUUCGAAUGAAUCUUCUUUGGAAUUAGUAUUGUUGUGGUUAUUGUUCUGUGUGAGUAUUGUCUGGGAUGAGGAUUGUUUAGGGUGAAUAUUGUUUGGAAUGAGUAUUGUGAUUAUUGUUCUGUGUGAGUAUUGUCUGGGAUGAGUACUGUUUGGAACGAGUAUUGUUGUGAUUACUGUUCUGUGUGAGUAAUGUCUGGGAUGAGUAUUGUUUAGGGUGAUUAUCAUUUGGGGUGAGUAUUGUAUGGAAUGAGUAUUUGCAUCUGAUGGAUGGAUUUCCCAGAUUCAUGCGUGUUCUUUUAUUUUAAACAGCAUUGUAGCACAGACAAUAUGCUUGCACAGGCAAAUCUCUUCUGCAGUUGCUUAAUUUCACUUUGUGACGUUUAAAAGCAGCUCAAAACAAGGCUUGUUGGGGGGGGGGGGGGGGGUGUUAACUUUGACACAUUUGAUUAAAUCCAUGGGAAUAGUGAAAGUUGUUGAAGAAAUAACUGCAACUAAUUGAAGGCUGGGUAAAGUGCAGCAUUGUACUGGCAGGUAAAAGUCCAACAUCUGCACUUUCUUAUCAGGGGGCUGAUAAAAAAACAAGAAAACAACUUGCAUAUUAAUGAUGCUUGUCAUUUAAAGGACGAACACAUUCUACUGAUUCUCUUUUAAGCACACUUCUGAAGCAGGUGAUUUACUCAGGACAGGUGAGUAGCAUUUCUCUUUUCCCUCUGAUUUAAAUCCUGUAAAACAUAAUGCAUUCUUUUAUCAUGUUUAACUGUUUUGUUUUAGCAAACAAUUCUUCGACAUCUCUACUGUUUGCUGGCUUGUUUUUUUUUUUUUUUAAUGACUAGUUCCUUUUAAAUUUUGCUGAUGGAUGAACACUGAAAAAAUUAAACCAGUUUUAGAGAACAAUGCUGAUUCGAGCAGAUAAUGCUCCAGUGAGGAUGAGCUACCAAUUACUUGCUGAAACUUACACCCAUCCACCCUUUCUUAUCCCUCCUCUCCCUCUCACUUCCACUUAUUUGCUCUUUCUGAGCAUUAUUUUACAGUUCUAUGUUACACUGCAGAGAAUGAUGGGCCACUCAUCUCCCAUGCAACAUAUUUAUUUUUGCAGGAACUGCAAAACAAAAAUCUUAGGUUAACAGGAGCACUCGGUGUGUGAUCUGUACACCGUUUCAUCACGUUCUGACUGGACUUCAGGACACGAUACCACAGGAUGGCAAGAAUAUAACUGACAUUACUGUCUCAAUAUUUAUACAGGGUAAUCCACAUACAUUGUCCUGAUGAACUGACAAAAAUCACAAUCUGUAUCUUUCUCUAUGAACACGUAUCUUAAUGAACUCAAAAUGAAGUUUCUGAGUGCUUUUACCCAUUAACCACUUUACCCAGCACGUCACCUUUACAUGGUCAUAAACUUGUGAAUUUACUCUUUGGCUUGACACCUGUUACACGCUGGAGCCCUUAUGAUCUAUUACUACUGUUGUCUAUUAUUUAUAGAUUAUUUACCGCUCAGCUUACCUGCAAAACAAAAAUCUCAGGUUAACAGGAGGACUCGGUGUGUGAUCUGCACACUGUUUCAUCACGUUCUGACUGGACUUCUUCUGUUGGGGCCUCAGCGACUGAUGCAUAAGAGUGCCACACCUACAUGCCAUUGGCUGUAUAACCCUUCAUGUGUCAUUGUUGUGGAAACUCUUCAAGAAUGUCGUGCAGUGGAGUGAAGUCGUUUUUGAAGAGCUUGUCUCGGCGAAAGCCCUUGGAGCCUGAGGGAGAGCAGUCCACGUUUCACCGAUGCCUUACCACUGUGGACCUGGUGGCCCUGGGUGUAGGCAGCACUUUGGGGGCCGGGGUGUAUGUCCUCUCUGGAGAGGUAGCAAGAGUCUCUGCGGGACCCAGCAUCAUCAUCUCCUUCUUCAUCGCCGCCCUGGCCUCCAUAUUCGCCGGGCUGUGCUAUGCAGAGUUUGGGGCCCGGGUUCCCAAGACCGGCUCGGCUUAUCUGUACAGCUACGUGACUGUCGGAGAGCUGCUGGCUUUCAUCACAGGGUGGAAUCUGUUGCUGUCCUACGUCAUAGGGACAGCGAGUGUGGCGCUGGCAUGGAGCGGGACAUUUGAUGACCUCAUUGGGGGCCACAUAUCUCAAUACUUUGAGACCCAUGCAGCCAUGGGCCUUCCUGGACUGGCACCAUACCCAGACAUCUUUGCUGCUGCUUUAAUCAUGCUCCUGUCAGGUCUGCUGGCUUUUGGAGUGAAAGAGUCGACAACGAUCAACAAGAUCUUCACAGGGAUCAACAUCGUGGUGCUGUUGUUUGUGAUCAUUUCUGGGUUCAUAAAGGGAGAUACCGCCAACUGGCAGAUCAGCGAAGAGACCUUGCUCAAUGAAACAGCAAUCCUGAAAAACUUGACUUCCACUGCCAAUCUGACAAGUGACUUUGGAGUCGGUGGAUUUUUCCCAUAUGGGUUUACUGGAACCUUGGCUGGCGCUGCAACGUGUUUCUAUGCUUUUGUUGGAUUUGACUGCAUUGCUACAACAGGUGAGGAGGUGAAGAACCCCCAGAAGUCAAUCCCUGUGUCUAUCGUUGCCUCACUGUUGAUCUGCUUCUUGGCCUACUUUGGUGUGUCUGCUGCUCUCACACUAAUGAUGCCCUACUAUGCUCUAAACCAAAAGAGCCCCUUGCCAGUCGCCUUUGACUAUGUUGGAUGGGGUCCUGCCAAAUAUGCUGUGGCUGUGGGAUCCCUCUGCGCACUUUCCACCAGCCUGCUGGGAUCGAUGUUUCCAAUGCCUCGCGUAUUGUUUGCCAUGGCAAGAGAUGGCCUGCUUUUCAAAACCCUGAGCAGAGUCACCUCCAGGGGGAGUCCUGCUAUCGCUACUAUAGCUUCUGGAACUGUGGCAGCUAUCAUGGCUCUGCUGUUUGAUCUGGCAGCCUUGGUGGAUUUGAUGUCCAUUGGAACUCUGUUUGCUUACACACUUGUGGCCAUAUGCAUUCUAAUACUGAGGUACCAGGCAGACCUAUCAGAAAAAUCAGCUCUGCGGGAUGUCAGCUCAAAAACAAAGUUAGCCUGCCUGAAACCCCCUUCAUCUCCGUCUGCUGUCACCUCAAAAACAGUGACAAUCUUGACUAUAGUCUGUGUGGUGUGUAUAGUCGCACUGUGCGUCACAGUGACUGAAGCUUUAGACGCGCUGUCUCGCUUCGAAGCAUGGAGCCUGUCCUGUGUCUGCAUCCUGGCCGUCGGCAUACUGCUCAUCCUGUUUUUUAUCUGGAGACACCCUCAAAAUACCACUAAGGCAUCAUUUAUGGUGCCGAUUGUCCCUUUGCUGCCCUUACUGAGCACAUUCAUCAAUGCCUACCUGAUGGUGCAGUUAGGUGAAGAUACGUGGAUACGAUACGCUGUCUGGAUGUUAGUGGGGUUAAUCAUCUAUUUUGGCUACGGAAACCGUAACAGUAUUCAGAAACAGCGUCUCAUGGCCGGUCAGAUGAAUAUUGGAACAGUCAGCAGCAAAUCAGACAAGGGGAUCAUUCAUGAAGAAAAAUUCUGAGCUCAGCCGUACAGUGGGAAGUGAAAGAUUAAGAUGCUACUGUGACCUCUGUAACUAUGGAAUCACUUGUGCUGAACUGUUUCUCCUGUUGUGAAAAAUGUGUCUCGAACAAACAGGCCAGUCGAUCGACUCUUGUUUGACAUAUACUACACAUCGAUGCAGUGUGCUGGUGUCAAAGUCUCUUUACAUGGAAAGAUGCUGCUAGCCCCCAGAGGUAACUUCAGACCAAGCAGGGGAGUUUCUACUGUAUAUGUACAGACACAGAACUGUGGGACUUUGAACACUUUUAAUUUGAAAACCCAUCUAUAAAUAAUGAUGAAAGGCAAAUAAACAUUUUGAAAAAAAAAAAAAAAUACAGUCCUUUGAAAGCCAAGGUUGUAUAUGAAUCAUUAUGGACAUGUAAGCAUA